CAAAAGGUUAUGCGAUUUGAGUUUCAGGCCGCUCUAAGAAUUUAUUGGGACAUCAGCAGUUGACCAACACGCACCUCACUGGAACUGCAUUUAAUCGUAUAUCUUUUAAAGGAAGAUGUCAGGAUUUCAUAUGCUGCAUUGCUCAACAGCUGAAAGGGGCUCACAAAAGUAUCUUGCAGCUUUACUGAUUAUGAUCACCUGCUCGCUUCAAGUCUCAGCCCUACAAGCCCCUCCGGUGACAACAGGCCUUCGCUCAGCUUUCUCUGCUUCGCGCACCAGUAGCAUAGUUGGAGGCAAGCAGAGUGUUGUGACUUUCAACAAGCUCACAGUCAACAUUGGAAGGGACUUCAAUCCAGACACCGGUUACUUUCGCUGCCGAAUUCCAGGAGUGUACUACUUCUCCUUCUCAAUGGGGAAAUUUCCAAAUAAAAUGCUCUCUGUCAUACUGGUGAAAAACGGGCGAGAAGUGCAGGCCAUGGCAUAUGAUGACUAUCGUAAGAAAGGUAGGAAAGUUCAAAGCCAAAGCAUAAUGAUUGCACUGGAGGAACUGGACACCGUAUGGUUGCUGUUGCAGCAGAGUUCUCAGUAUGCUUUGUACAGCAAUGCCGGCCCAUACAUCACCUUCUCUGGUUACCUCGUCUAUCCUGACACGUCUUCAAGCAGCUACAUCAGCAACCACCUGACCUCUCACCCAAACUGUCCCCCUCGUGCCGAAUCAUAUCAACCAUUCCAGCAGCCCCGAUCCGCCUUCUCCGUGGCACGGACAUCCACGUUCCUAGGUCAGAGUCGCAAGAAGCAGUACAAGUCACCCCUGACCUUCGACGUAGAAUUCGUCAACAUAGGGGGGCAUUUUAACAAAUCCUCCGGCAAGUUCACCUGCCUCUUUCCGGGUGCCUACUUUUUUGCGUUCACGGUGGGGAAACAUCCCCGUAAAGCUGUUUCUGUGAAGCUGAUGACCGGGGAGGGUGUGGUGCAGGCCAUGGUGUUUGACGAGGACACCUCCAAGAGACGGGAGAUGCAGAGUCAGAGCUUAAUGCUGAGCCUUCGCCAGGGUGACACUGUGUGGCUGUACAGUCAGCAUGAUAAUCGCUAUGCUGUGUACAGCAACCAAGGGAGGUACACCACCUUCUCAGGAUUCUUGGUGUAUCCGGAGGCCAACCCUAAUUACACACAUCCAAAAAUAGGAACAGAACUUUAAUGUAAAUAUUGUUUAUUUUUACUCAAAGAAAAAAAGUAUAUAAAAGCAGUAAUACAGUUUCCCUAUUUUCAUAUUUACUAUAUCUAUAGCUACAUAAAUAGCUGUCUAUCUAGCAAUCUACCAGAAAUUCCAGUGGGACAUUUAUUAGCAGAUAUCUCCACCAGGUGGUAGUGUGAUACAAAUCAUUCAAAAUGUGCAAUUCAGUCGUUUGACGUCUCUAGUAAAGUAUAAUAUGACUAAUUGCCGAAUCAAAAUUUGAUUUACAUUGUACGUUGAGCUAUAGCUAUAAACGAGAAAAGUGCAUAAGCCUGUCAUGUAUAUUUGGACAAUGAUCUUGUGUGAUCUUGAAGGAUGUUUAUGAUGUAAUCCAUUGCUGUGUCUGUACUGUAUUACUAUUACUUUAAGAGUGAUGUUUAGUUUUGUGUGUAUGUAAAACCUAUGUGAAAUUAUAUGGAAAAUAUCUAUAUUACACAUGCAUGCAAAAACAAUUA